AUGAAAGUUCUUUUCCUGGUCUGGGGAUUUUUCCAAAGUUUGGGCUUUGUAUGUUCUCUGACCUGUGUAUCAGCACAGGACUAUGUUUGUGACUACAUCCCAAAUGACUAUCCUCCUGGUCUGACCUCCCUGGUGUUUUUUGUGAGAAACGUGGGUGAAAUCAACUCGACCAUUUUUAACUACACUAGUCUGUCCUCAGUCACCAGCCUCACUAUGAGACAAAGUGGAAUUACAGCUAUAGCACCAGGGGCAUUUGCCCAGUUUCAAAGUCUCGAGAGCCUUAAUUUGCACAGUAAUGAUCUCUCUCAUAUAACCUCAGACUGGUUUAUCCAUAAAGAAGGACUAGAGAAACUCAUCUUAAUAAAUAACAGCAUUGCAGCUUUGGAUGGAAAUUCUUUUGCUGGCCUUGUGAAACUCUCAGACUUAAACCUGUCUCACAACCAAAUUCACACUAUUACAUCCGAUUGCUUUAGUUUUCUGCCUGGGCUAAAACAUCUGGAUCUGUCUCACAAUAAGCUCAGACAUUUGAGUGUGGACAGCUUCAUUCCAUUAAACAGGACUAAAAUCGCUGUGCAUGGGAACCCUUGGGACUGUUCCUGCACUGUGUACGAGUUCUCGCUCUUUCUAAGAGAGCUACAAACGGCUUCCCUGCUGCCGAAUGAGAUGGAGGUGCUUUGCAUGAGCCCAGCUCACCAUCGAGGAAGACCUGUGUGGAAUGUGUCUAAGUGUGUGAAUCCUACAACAGAUGUUGUCUUUACCACUGGAAACAGCCAAAACAUCACACCAGGAGGCAUUCAUUUGUCUACUGUUAUCAGCUUAGUAGUUUUGUAUCACAGAAAACAAGAACAAAAACAUCUGUUGACCAUCAAACCUUUACCAGAAGAACAAGAACAUGCAAGUCCAGGACAAGGACAAGCCCAACCAGACUUUCAAGCAAUGUCAGGAAUUUCGAACAGGUUGGAAUCCAUUUCCUGUGACCAUAAAAUGAAACAAUCAAACAACAGACUUUUAUUGAAGCUGGACCAGACAGUACCGGAGUCACAAAUUUACCAGAUUUACAGCACAAGAAUAUUUCAAACUGAGAGAUGAGUGGCCGAGCCAAAUCAGCAGGGCCUGUACUCUCAAGAUCUGAUGGUUCUGGAAAAUGUCCAGACACUCAAAUGGGAGGUCCAGGAGUGUGGAUGGUGAAGGAUGAAGAAAAACAUGCUGGAUGGACAGAAAAGGAGCUUGAGAAGUUAGAAGAUCAAAAGAAAGAAUUGAAGGAAAAAGAAUGCAAGCAUGGAAGCAAAGGAGAAGAGAAACAAGUGGGAAAAACUAAACUGGAGAAAAAAUAUAGACAUGAGAGACUCAAUAAUGAGUUUAUCACUACUUUAAAAACAGGAGUCGGAUAUGAGCAGAGUUUAGAGCUAGGAGAAAAGGAUAAAUAUAAUUUAGAGGGAAAUGUAGAAGGUCAGGGAUUUUUACAUACUGAUGACUCUGUAGCCAGUGAGCAAGAAUUUGGUUCUGUUGUUGAUGAAUAUGAUUUAAGCUCCAGUUUAGCAAGAUCCCAAGCACCUCAGACUCACGAUGAUGACUUCCAGGCACUGGGAGAUGUUGAGAACAUUCCUUACUUCACUAUUGGAGCCGAUCCAAAAAAGCAAAGUCCAAAUCCAGAGCAGAUUUGCACAAAGGCAUCCUUUGAACAAUUGAAUUUAAGACCCAUCAGGCGCACAUUGUCCUGGCCUCCUACUGCUGCUCAGUGGAAAAAGCAUUUGGCUCAAACCCAGCAGGUCCUCAAUGUUUCUCCUGAAU